GGACAAACCUGUAAUUGCAUAGAUUACAAGCGAAAGCUCGAGUACGGCCACCGUGCAUUUCACGAUGUAAAUUGAAUAUCAUCUCAUCAGAUUCCACAAAUGGACAGUCGGGGCAUUGACGACGAUCUUCAUCCUGACGAUCUCUCUUCAAAACCGGAAGUACUUCUUUUGUAGGUCGCAUUAAUGACACCACAGAAGGUUCCACUUUUAUUGACAACGGUACACGAGCAGCAAUGCAUGGCGGCUUAACCUCAGCCUCAGCAGAGGAGUUUAGUGCUCCUUCCGUACUUGUUCCACUGGAACUUCCAGUAAAUAGGUCAUCAUUAUGACUAUCCUCAAGCAUUGACGCUUUCUGAGAGUCGGGUGUUGUUGCUUCUUCACUGCCCAACUUACGAAUUCCAUCGGCGGAUUCGGAGCGACUUGGCACUGUUCCGGUGUCCAUGAGGCUGUUAGGUUCACUGUGAACAACCAUAUGUUCCUCUAAGCACGUUUCCGAUCCAGUGCUGA